UGCGGCUGUGAGAAAAGGGCCUAAGGUCUCUUAUUGAAGAUACUCCCGGGAACAUCCACUGCGGAGAGGGAGUGUCGAGGGAAAAGACCAACGCAGAGCGGGAAGAUGAUUUGGUUUAUUUACUUCGGACGUCGACAGAGCUUCGGCCAGCGACGGAGGAGAUGGAGCUGGGUGACCGGUUCAGACGACAAGUCUCCGCGGGAGGACACUUCGCCUCGCUACUACCGCAACCACCGAGCCGUGUUUUAGCCGCGAAGCCAUCGCCAAAGCAUGCGGCUCGUUAGACGUAGCCAGGCAAGUCUGGGAGACACGUUCUGGCGUUUAGAGUGCCACGAAGGACACAGCGUAUCGGCAGGCAGGCCACCCGGCAACUCUUAGACUUCAUUGGACACCACCUGCGCAUCAGGACGCAAAGGCGCUACUGCCUCUUAUUAAUCAAAGUGAGAGAGAGAGAGAGAAGCGAAAACACGAUAAGUAGUCAAUCCUCGACCCUGUGUGUAUGAUUGUAUUGUGCGUGCAUGUGAAGCGCCCAACAAUCUUUUGUUCAUCGUAAUCAUUGCCAAAAAGACCAGUCGUGAUCUCCUCGGCUAAGAGUCACCGCCAAAGCUCAAGCGUUCGACUCGAGAGCACCUCUUCCAACUCGUGUCUGCGUUUUGUCGGCACGUAAAGUUCAAACUUUUUUUUUCUUUGGUGCGCAUUGCUCAAGAAAACGGCGCACGCACGAAGUGCAGACAAAAAAUAUAUUAAAAAAGCACCAGUCGGUAUAGAAUUUUUCCGGAGUCCCGGAAUACCGAGAGUGGACACUCGAAGCUUGCUACAAGUGGACAGUUAUCGGUAACAUCGGUACAAGCCGUGUUCUUUUUAAUCGCAUUCACGAAGCCGGCGGUCCGUUUGUUCAACCUUCGAGAAAAGACAAGGCAACAGCAUCGCACAGAAAGCAGAUCAGAAGUCGAUCAGCUGCUGCGGCAACUGUUUCUGGGUUGCACAACGACAAACGAUUUUUCUUCUUUGGCGAUCGCUGACUAAUGGACUGGAACGAGGCUAGACGGCCCAACUGAAGAAAGAGAGAAAAAAAACCUGCACGAACAACCCAUCGUGCUCUGGCUGUCCCUGGAAUAAGAGAGACGGCGCCAAGAAAAUACGCCUCAGUGCUCCCCUCUCGGCAUCGCGCAACAAAGCCGCCAGGCUUAUUGCUGAAGUCGAUCUAGACAGCUUCCAUUCAAUGCAGCCAAAGCUCUCCAAAAUUGUCGACGACAACUAGACGGGCCUUCUUUUUUGGUACAGAAUUCUUUCCAACUGUUUCCCUUUUCAUUUUCUCAAUUCGCUCGCAGUCUUUCUUUUCUUUGUCCAUUCAAAGUAAAGGAUCGAUAGAUUUUGAGCCGAACUGGCGUUUCGCUUAGUUCAUUGUUCUCCCAAAAGAGGAGCUAGUUUCCUCUUCUCACACGACUUCGCGAGUGGUGCUUUUUGUUACUUUGUCCCGUUUCGUGCGAGACAGUGCGCGCGUGUGGUGUUAAGACUCGGAGUGUGCCGGCCGCGAGACGUCGGGUCUGCACCCGAGCCAAGGCCGUCACGCUGUGGACUCUAUACACGCUCCACCUGGUCUCGCAACCAGCUCGAGCAGCCGCAGCUGCCGCACUCGCAGCGAGCCGAGACCCCGCGGGAGGAAACAACGCCGGUGGCAGCGGCGCACCGCCGACGCGACAGUCGAUCCCGCUGCGCGAACUCACUCCAUUCGACGUACCGUUCGUACCCGUUCCCACACCGCCACCACGUCGCGCCACUAACACGCUGCCGCAUCGCGGCUGCCUAACGCUAAGCCACCGGCCGUACUCGACGCUAAACCGCCACGCCACGUUCGCCGAACCCGUGGCAGAGAUGGCUGGCACUAGCAGCAGCGCUGGCGGAAGCGGCAGCAGCGGAGCCGGGAGCGGCAGCAGCGUCCAGCCACCGCGAACGCUGCCCCCGACGCCGCGCUUCAAGAGCUUCAGUUCGUCUUGCCUGCACAGCCCGACGACCGAGCUGCACACGUACUCGGACGUGUCGCCCACGGACUUGGCGGCGACGCCCACGUGGCAGGAUCGGCCGACGUCCCGCUUCGUGUUCUCCAUCUCGCCGCCCAGGGCCUCCUCGUGUCUGGGCAACCAGAGCCCGCAAGAGUACCGGCCCCUGUGCGCGACGUCCGGCGACGGCGAACGCGCCAGGGGCGGCAGGGGGGUGCGCGGAGGAGGACUCGGCACAGCGACCAAGGAGGACGAAGACGAGGACGUGAGCCGGAAGGCGCGCUGGAUCAUCAUUACCACCGCCGUGUCGCUCUUUGUGAUGAGUGUGCUCCUGGUGGGCAUCAUGCUACGGCUGGCGCCCGUCAUCGACGACCUCGUGAGGAAAGAGAACGAGAACCUGUUCCGGCUUCCGACGUCCACGGCUGCCACCACCACGACGGGAGGCGCCGUGACGGCGACCACGGCGUUCACACCUGACAACGCGACGCUGACAGCGCCGACGGUGGCCGUCGGCUGACGUCGACGCCUGGCCAUGACUGAUGCGCGGCCCCAGUGCUAUCGCCACCACCACCACAGUCGCCGCAGGAGAUGCUCAUUCCUGUCACGAGACAACGCCGGGAGGACUCGGACGUUUCCCGAUUUAGAUGACGCGUGUUGCCUCACACGAGGAAGGCACCGGAGGCGCGUGUAGCUUGACCAAGCAUGGUUUCGUCAGUUCAGCGGCGCAGAACCAGAACAUUCAUUAGCGUACUCGCGGACAGUCAGAAAAUCGCUCCAGUCCCCUCACCACAAGAAUUCACUGAUUCUCCACAUACGUUCGCCUUUUUUAACUUUUAGUUGGUAGUUACAUUACGCGGAAAUUUUCUCUUACAUACCUGUACAGUUCGCGUUUUAGUCUUGUUCAACUUAUGUUUUCUCCAAAUUACGUUAAGAAAUUCAGCAAGUUCUUGCUUUUCUUUUUUCUUUCCCAAGCCACAUUCGCUCAUCACCUUAGACACUCUUUCAUGGUUUUAAAAUGUGUCUUGUGAAUCCUUGACAGAGACCACAAUUUAACGUCACGUUUAAAUUGAACUAGAAAACAGUAAUGCAUUAUAACUUACGUUACCUUGUUUAACUGCAGCAUUUGCAGGAAAAAAAAAUCCGUUUUACAACAAAAGUUUUAAAUGAUAGCACUUAUGAGCGCGUUAAGUUAAGAAAAAUCAAGUGCAGAAAUUCCAAUCUGGUAUUUCUUUUGUCUGAAUUCUACACACUACAAUAAUCAACACAAUUCAAUUACGAUGCUGUGGAGCCAACUUUUCGAACAUUGAUACUUUCAUACUUGACACUGGUGCCUGAGGGGACGGAGAGGGCUCUGCAUGCACAAUUGUGUUUCUCAUCCUCAUCAGCUCCAACUCGUUCUUUACCGCUGGCCACAUGAAAUCCCAGGGAGCACGAGUUAAAACGCGUUGCUCAAAAAGCUGCCCGCGUGGACCUCGAUAUGGAGCCUGCAGUUUUGGCUCUGAACUUUCGAUCGUGUGGUUGCACAUAGCGUACGGGCAGGCAACACUGGAAACGCCAACUUCGACAACUCUGGGGGAAGUUGGCCUGACAAGCAUGCCGCGUUGUAUAGGCUCGAAUGCCAGCCACACUGUGCGCGGGGCCCUCCGAAGUCUCCGUCAACUGGAGUCACCGGUGAUGCCUGCCAGCGUGUGUUUCACAUCUUCUCUGUGUCAAGGCGGUAAUUAGUCGAGAUAACGGACGCGCCCCCAACCGGGCCAUUCGCAGUCACCGGUGAUUACGUCACUGCAGUGUUGUUCUUUUUUUUUCUGUCUGUCCGUCUUAAUUUCCUCCUAUCUCUCUAAGUCAUUACGUGUAGCAUUUGCUCAGUCCACGCGAGUCCAAAGUGAACCUUUUCCGCGUGUACGUCUGACCAUCCAUUGUGUUGUUCUUUUUUCUUCGUUGUGUUUGCAUUGCGUCGUCGGUGUUUACGUUCAAAGCGCAGACUAAACGAGCGAGAAUGGCGAGAGAAAAGACGACUGAAGGGGCCAUGAAUGAAGUGCCGAAAACUUCAUGCGACGCAGUCGCGUUCGUCUAUUGUUUGUAUAUAUAGAGUGCACAAUACUGGAGCCCAAAUUGCAGUCUUUUUCUCCGGUAUAGUAAUGAGACAUGACUGUCUGGUUGUUAUGAAAGUUCUUAAUACCCGCAGGGGCAAGCUAAGUGCAACACUUUUUGUCCUUGCUUAUACUCUCCUAUACUGGUAGCAUACAUACUAAUUUAUAUCGUGCUUUUAUUUAUUCUCUCGUGCUUUUAUAUCGUGUGCUGCUGUAGGGAUUCGCGACGUAAUGUCGCUUAUGCCUCCUCAUUUCAGUUCGUUUUUCUUGUUGUUUUUUUAAAUAACUUACAAACGGCUUUAAGCGUCGAGGUAUCAUCGCAAAUCAAAUCAACCAUUUUCAAACUGCUAUGAUUCCACGGAUCGUACCAUUCAGGCAACGGCAGUCAUUACUGCUUCACACGACACCUAUUGGUAGAAUGACUGAAUUUUAUCACACGAAUAAUGCGCGUCUUUAGGUAGCGCGCAGUUCUUAACGUCAGUUUAAAUACCGAAGGGAGAGUGUGAAGAAGUCUAGUUAGUGUUUCAAAAGAGAAAACUUAAGUAAAAUGCGAUGUACGACCUAACGCACUAUGUUGAACAGACCUGUCGAACUAUGGAACCACCUAGCGUGUGACGCCACAGCUAAAACAGUUGUUACCCUACGGCAGAUUUUCAACUUCAAUUCGUGAUCACUGAAGCGUAUUUCUGCGUGAGAAAUUGAACGCUCUAAGUUUCUGUGUGGCCCCCGUUCUAAUCGGCAUGGGGGGCUGCAAUGCUUUGGAAGUGUAAAUUACUGUGACGCAUUGCUCAAACAAGUUGUAGAGGCAUGAUCUUCUUUCAUGGUCCCCGCGGUUUGUACAAGUGUAUUGAUAAGACGAGUGAUAUAAUAUACCGCGUGCGUGACAAGAUUGAGCGUGCAGUGUAGCGUUGUUUAGUGAUACAAUGUAUAGAUGUUACGAAAAACUUGUCAACUCUCGAUGGUCUUGCAGUGGGUGAUAGUUUUGUUUCUGUAGAGAUUGUAUACAGUCUUUUGGUAGAAGUGUACUAACGGCCGGAAUCGAAAUGCGACCUAUAUGUAGAUCCGGUGAAGAAAAAUUGCACGAGCAGCUCUUGCUUGAACGUUCUUUUUUUUUUUUUUUGUCUCUCUCCUAAAGCGCACGCAAAACCGAACAUAGUUGCGUGACGACGAGACACACGUAAAGCAUUAAACCUAGCUAAAAGUUGACAAAAACAAAAAAAAAAGCUAAUAUAGGUACGUAUAGUUGUGCCUGCCGUGAUUUGUGAUGCAGCAACUGCAAUAGGAGAUGGUAGGCACUUUUAUUGAGGGCUGGGACUCGCCAAGGAAAGGGUGUAAAAUAGCAUACUUUCCCGCAAUGCUUUCGCGCUAAAGUAUGCAGUACACUUUAAUUCAGUUAGGAGUGCACACGCAUGAACUUAUUGAAGCAGAGUUUACCGAAUUCGCAGCGCAAGCGACCAGCACUUUCAAACGCAUUGCUUGGAAGGUAACACAAUAGGCUUUAUUUUCUUUUUUUUCGUGCUAACUUAAGAUAAUUAGUGUUCGCCCGUGCGCUGCGACUGAUGUUAAUCCUGUACUUGCAAAUGUGGCUAAACGUAAGAAGCUCCUCCUUUGCUCGUUUUGAAACCGCCGCAUUUUUUGCUAGAUGACUAAAAUGAAAUAAAAAAUAAGGUAGUAGCAUUUCGUCGCUCUCUUCGUACACCGCAAGUGACGUUUCCAUGCACCAGUGGCCGAAACCUGCCUGCAUAUACAGUAACGCCUCACACCGCACUAAUUUUAUGCGCUCGACGGAAAGGUGGUGGCGAGCAUGGGACUGCUAAGUGAAACCCCGUGCGGCCUCCGCACAAGACUACACAAAGGAGACUAUCCCCCGUUUUAUACGAACGCACGUACUCAAUCCGCGCAUCAGCUCGGCAACCCAGAGACCCGCUUUAUACGACAUCCAAUUUGCCAAGCGCAGCAGGCACAGGACCUACGUGAAACCGAAAGUUUUCUUUAUGCGUUCCAGGCAAGCACUUUAUAUACAUAGCUCGGCGAUGCGAAGAUGACUGCAGUGCGGUCCGCGAACCCUUCCUGUAAUACCGAAUUCAUGUAUACGCGGCAUUUCCAUCGGUCCAUCUAGAAUGCACCCCAGUUGGAGAACUGUAGCUUGAACUGGCCUCUGGAACUAGAUUGCAUUGAUUAACUGGCAGCGGUAAGUGGUACCGCGAGUUAAUGUUCUAAUGCUGCGUAAUUAUAGUUUCGCGGCUAACCAGUAUAACGCUCCCGGCGCUGCAGCUCGAAAAGGAGUCGUUGUUGCGUGCAGCGCUUGUGAUGGGCAGAAUGCAGCAAAGCCUGGCGACAAAAAUGAAGUGGUGUCUCUGUAAUACGACGACGCGAAAGCUGCCAAACACGCCCCCGAAAUCAACCCCGAUCUCAAUGCAUACAAUUACAGAGUGGAAAGAUGGAGUGAAGCAUUGGAUACGAUGCGAACUAGUCAUAGUUUAUAGACAAUCGCAGCGGAGCCACUUUGCAAAGGUAUUACGACGCAUUUGUACACUGAAAGAAGAGACGCGAUACUCUCCUGGUACACACGCAAAGACCGGCGCGUGAUAGCACAAGCUGUUCACGCGCGUUGACUCCCUUUGAUUUUCUGCAUUCGUUUCUCUUGUUUAGAAAAGCAUAGCGCACAUCCUCGGUGUAGUCAUCUAUAGGACGUCUCGUGUUCAGGUCAGACUAUCUGUGUAUGCAUGAGCGAGCUGGACCUUACUCCAUUGCGAGAGCGCCGUUAGAGUCUAGAUUCCAUUGCGAGAAAACGCAUUACGUUACGUUGCUGUAUUUAUCGCUUCAUGUCGUGUCGCGGUCAACUUACUAUGUCUUAAAUAAUGGGAACUGGCGAACACAAUCGGUACGAAGGGGUGUUACCAGACUAUUCGUUUCUCAAAGGAAGCAAUGAAAAACUACGACGGUAAAACGUGGCUCGGUAAACAUAGGAAAACAUGACUCGGCAUCAAUAAGACAAACCAUUUUCGAAGUUAAGCGUUACUGGUUGAGGAGAGACAGACACUAGUCAGUUUUAAAAGAACGUCAUAAGAGCAACAUAUUUAUAUGUCGCAAGUUAUUAUACAAGGUCCAUUAACCAUCGCCACUUCGAGAACAUUGCGAAAACCUUGUCUGAAAGAGCGCUAUGACGUCAACUUUUCGGAACCAUAAACUGCGUCGAAUAGAAAGCUCUGCGUUUGGUCUAACAGCGUGUAAGUGUUUACUUGCAUGAAUGUAUCCAACUAAAUUUUAUUCGAGUAACCACCUGUCGACUGUGUACUAAAAAAAAUUGUGAGCUCGUUAAUGCCUGUUCAUGCAGUGCUGGCUUCUAAUUUGACGGUACAGCAUACAGCAUGCCAUGGCUAAGUAUAGCAGCGACGGUGGCCAGAAACAGUCGUAGCUAACGCUGCACAGGUGUGACGGUAUAGAAGUUGCGUACGCUCUUCCGUCCGGGCUUCAUUAGGCGUGCAUUGUUGACAGCUUCGGCAAUGCGCACCUCCUCGAGCUAUAUAUAUAACACACGGCGUUCACACGAUGAGAUUAUCCGAGUGCCGACAGAUACGGGAUGUGCUGUGUGACAAGCUCGGUUGGCUGGCGUUGCAGUGGUACAAAAUGGAAGGUGCGUGUCGGACGUGGAACCCUUUCAACACAUUACUCAAUGUCGCGUUUUUACUGAUAUGCGCAGGCGGGGCGAGCAGUGGCAAUGGGUAUCACACGUUGGCUGUGCAGGUUUCAAGCCUUUGUCGCUUUGACUGAGCACCCUUGUCACGUCACUAUCUCUUCUCUAUACGGAAGAAACUCGCAGUUGUAAAAUUGCGCGUGAUGUUUGUUCGCAAAUGAAUGUAUGGCAGGUACAUUACGUCAGUAUUAUUCCAAUUCCAUUAAUUUUUUGUUUCGCAUGUUGCUCGUCGCGCCACCCUCCGCGUUUAUUAGAAUAACCAGACACUAAGGAACGGCAGGCGAUAGCAAUAGUUACGUUAUUCAGGGUCAUCUUUUUGUCUAUCGAUGUUGAGAAUUGUUCCCGGCAAGAUAAAGUGCGGUUGUGUUUAUAGGUUAUUCGUUCUCGACUCUUAUUCUGCUAAUGCUUUUUGAGUAUCAGUCAGGAGACGAGUCUGGUUCUCAUAAUACCCCGCCUGGCACGAUCGUAUUUUCAUUUGUUUAUUUUUUCUUUCAACCAUUGCCGAAAAGGAAAUUGCUGAAACUAUGAUUUAUUCCUUCGUGGACAGUUGGCAUGAUUGCCUUCGAGGAGUUACACAUGCUCUAGCCACGCGUAACCGCAGCAAACGUUUUAAUAUACCGUAUUUACUCGAAUUUAGGCCGGCCCCGAGUCUAAGCCGACCCCCGAAGUUUGCAAGGCCAGAAAAAAACUUAAUCAUUGUACUCGAAUCUAAGCCGACUCCCCCCCCUCCCUUUCGCACAUCGUUUUUUCGUAAAGAACAUCGGCUUAGAUUCGAGUAAAUACGGUAUGCGAGAAGGCGUGAUGCAUCAGUGGGAGCCGAGAAGCACGGUUAAGGACAAAAAUGUUGUUAACUUGAAACAAUUAUAUAAAUUAUCUUGAAUUAGACAAAAGUUACCAACUGAUCAUGAGCAGUCAUGAGGCUACUUCAUAAGUAUCGACGCAGGUCUCUGAGAGACUUUUUGUUAAGAGAAAGUAUUGAAAAACUUGCUUCCUUUCGCAACCUGAAAAUUGAACGAUUUGUCAGUGUGAACGAAUUCAUUCAAAGAUAUAAGCACUGAAGGGUCGACAAUAAAAGCGUUGAUGGCACGCAAAACAAAGUGAGCUCGUCGCCGAGGAAAUUCUGAAAGCACAGAUGGUGUAAAGACCCCAAAGAAAACGAGUGCACAGAGUGUUGCUUGUAUCCUUAUUCACCGUGCCGCUCUCGACACCUCCUUCCUUUCUAUCUGGGAUCACUCACAUGGUUAGGUGAGACAAUGAAAAGAAAAAGUUCGUGGAAGCUUCUUUUUUUCCUUCGGCCAGAACUCUUAUUCCCGCACAAGUUUGCGACGUGAGUGUGACGUUGCGCCAGCAAAGGUGACGCAUCUUCUUGACGUUCAGUGUUUCGCGGGUGACAUUCCUGUCAUCGAGGGAAGAUUUCGUGUGCAUUGCAACACUUUUCUUUUUAGCGCCGUGUUCUGUUUCCAUUCCCAGCUACUCGCGUGCCAAAGCCGUGUGUGAUGUUGUAUUUGCAAACGUGCUAUUAAUAAUACUUGUAUGUUUCUAGUCACUCGAUUAGGUUUAUAUCGCAAGGAGACAAAUAAA